AAUGUUUAGAUGAAAAUGGCGAUUAAUCGGAGAAGCAUGGGGGUAUUAGCUUUGUUAUAUCUCUUUUUGCUGACGUUCUUUGAGUCUACAGUUGAGCAGCGACUGAGUUCGAGAAGCGAGUUAGCAGCUUUAUUUGAGCUCAGAUCGUCUUUGGGUCUUAGGAGAAGGGAUUGGCCUAGAAGAGUCGACCCUUGUUCGGGUUGGAACGGUGUCCGAUGUGAAAACGGUAGUGUUUCCGGGAUUAACAUUUCUGGGUUUAGAAGAACCCGGAUCGGUGAACAAAACCCACGGUUUGCCCUCGAUUCUCUUAUGAAUUUUACCGGUUUGAUCUCUUUUAAUGCCUCCCAGUUCUUGCUUCCUGGUUCGAUCCCUGAUUGGUUCGGACAAAGGCUGUUGAAACUUCAAGUGUUGGAUCUCAAUUCUUGUAACAUCACUGGUGUUUUGCCUUUGAGUAUUGGCAAUUUCAGUAGCUUGUCACGUCUAUAUUUGUCCGAUAACAGGCUCACCGGGGAGAUUCCUUCGACUUUCGAUCAAUUGUUAAGCCUAUCGGUUCUCGAUCUUUCGAAGAAUUCGCUUACCGGAUCAAUUCCUUCGAGCAUUGGGACGCUUUCAAGACUACGAAUCCUGAAUCUUUCGAGCAAUAGUUUCAUUGGUGAACUUCCUGAAGUAAUAUGGUUGAUAUCCGGGCUGAACCUGCUCGAUAUCUCGCACAAUAACUUCACCGGGAGGCUCCCUAAUGUUUCUUCAAAUGAUGAUAAUGGCAUUGCCUCUGUACUCGACGUUUCCCGCAACAUGUUCUACGGAGGUCUCACAUCCAUAGUCGGAAGGUUUAGUUCUUCGAAUUUGUCGGGGAACUACUUCGAAGGCAGGGUUCUGGACUAUGUGUCUGUGAAUGCAUCUCUUAGUACUAAUUGUCUCCAAGAUGUGUCGAGCCAGAGGACUUUGACGGAUUGUGUAUCAUUCUAUGCUGAGAGGGGCCUAAGUUUCGAUAAUUUCGGGCGCCCGAAUUCCUCGGAACCUUCAGCUCCCAGACAUAGGAGCAGCAGCAGCAACAGAAACAGAAUUAUAUUGGCUGCAGUCUUCGGAGGAUUCGGAUUCAUCGUGUUAAUCAUGUCGUUGCUAUUGCUGGUCCGAUGUGUCCGCAGACGGAAGAAAGUAAAUCAUAGAGGAAUUGAUGUAGGACAAGUUACUCUUGAAGCAACACAUCCUUCAUCUGGCUUAGCUAGUAAUUUUUCGAGCCUAGGUGAUCUGUUUACAUAUCAGCAACUUCUUCAAGCAACCGCUGAUUUCACCGAUGCGAACCUCAUCAAGCAUGGUCAAUCUGGUGAUCUCUUCAAGGGUGUCUUAGAAAGCGGGCUUCCCGUUGUCGUCAAAAGGAUCGAUUUGCAGUCGAUUAAAAAGGAAGUGUACCUUUCAGAACUGGAUUUCUUUAGCAAAGUUGCACAUACACGAGUAGUUCCGCUAUUGGGACACUGCUUCGAGAAUGAGAACGAGAAGUUACUGGUUUAUAAAUACAUGUCGAAUGGGGACUUAUCGAGUUCCUUGUUCCGGAAAAACAAUUCGGAAGGUGAUGGUUUAAAGUCAUUAGAUUGGAUAACAAGAUUGAAAAUCGCCAUAGGAGCUGCCGAAGGCCUUUCUUAUUUGCAUCAUGAAUGCACACCUCCGCUUGUCCACAGAGAUGUUCAAGCUAGCAGUAUACUUCUCGAUGAUAAGUUCGAAGUUCGACUCGGGAGUUUGAGCAAGGCCUGCCCUCAAGAAGGCAGUGGUAAUCAAAAUAGAAUUACAAGAUUAAAGCGAUUGCCACGGUCAUCGGAACAGGGUUCUUCAGAUUCAUCUGCAGCAUUAUGUGCAUACGAUGUAUACUGCUUCGGGACGGUUUUACUCGGAUUGGUAACCGGAAAGCUCGACAUCAGUGCGUCAAGUGAGACCAGGAUGAAGGAAUGGUUAGAGCAGACACUACCAUGCAUCAGUAUAUACGAUAGGGAACUCGUGACGAAAAUCUUGGAUCCGUCUCUACUCGUGGACGAGGACCUAUUGGAGGAAGUCUGGGCCAUGGCCAUUGUGGCUAGACGGUGUCUAAAUCCGAAAUCAUCUCGGCGGCCCCUAAUGAAAUAUGUUCUCAAAGCUUUGGAAAAUCCAUUGAGGGUGGUUAGGGAGGAUAAUUCAAGCUCAGCAAGGCUUAGGACAGUAUCCUCAAGAGGUUCUUGGAAUGCUGCUCUUUUCGGUAGCUUCCGUCAAAGUUCUUCGGAUAUAGCAGUUACUCCCGCAGCCUCCGCUGCUCAAGCAGAAGGCGGAAAUAGUUUCAAACAUUUGGGAACAACGGGUUCGCUGGGCAGUAGUGCUCGGAAAGGAGGAGGCGACCAUUCGGUCCUACAUCAAUGGCAUUUGAAGGAGAUAUUCCCGGAGCCACAGGAAGCGCAAGAGAUCGAAAGACUAGGAUUGUAACUAACAGCAGAGAGUGGUCUCAUUUUUUGUUCUCAAUAAGACUGGCGGUGUUUCCAUUCGAAUGCCUGCUGGUCGGCACCUGACGAAGCUCGUUUCAACGAGGUAAGUCGGGCUUUUUCGAGCUCAAUGCCUGCAUCGAAUUUGGGACUCCAAGAUGUGCAUUGAAGCUGUGCAGUGUAAAUUGUAAUUGUCCAGGAUUUCUUCAUAUAUCACAGACAGACAUGUUUUCCAUUGAAAGAUCCACCAAAAGCAACGAGAGCUGAA